GGUCACAUUUGAGCCCUCUAUCCACUGUGCUACUACAUAGCUGUUCAAGAUUUUUUUUUUUUUUUUUAAUAUGUUGUCAUCCCAGCAGAUUUUAAGCCCUUUGAAGGCAGGUACUGGCCUUCACAACUUUCUUGUUACCUCCAGAGCUUAGCACAAUGCCUAGUGCUUAGUAGACAAUGUAUACCGACAGACUCACUGGUACACAGAUUAGUUAGAGACAAUGUCCAAAAAAUGAAAUACAAGAAAAAAACCCUCAAAACUCAAAAUUUAUUGCCCAAUGGUUAAGUAACACUAAGGCUGGCUGAGUUUUCUACACAAAUUUUUAAUUAAAAAAAUAAAUAGGUGUUCUAGUGAAGACUUUGAUAGUGCUGGGAGGUUAUGGUAUCUCUCUACCACUUUCCUACCAACCUACGUCUUUUUAAAAUUAAAGAUAAUAAUAAAUGAGUGGUGGCCAGAGACACCUGUGGAGCAGGGAGCUGAAGAUUUCUCUACUGCUUUCCUACCCUUAGCUCCUUGGCUUCACCCGCCAAAAGACUCGAGCUCCUCCUAGCCUGCUCUCUCCACCUCUCCUAGUGUUUGGCUUGGAUGUCACUCAUCCCCAUGGCAACCGCCAAGCGCCCGCUCUCCCCUUCCCCCUCCCUCUGCGGUUACCAACCGGCAGUCUCUAGUUACCACCGUCAGCCGCUCCUCUCCAUCAGCCGGCCAGGGUCUAGCGAGCCGGGGCCCCGGCCUACGGAUAAGAGGAGUUUCCUCCUCCUCCGACUAACAAGAACAUGGCCUCGGAGAACCCUUCUUCGCUGCUUCAGGACCUGGACCUGAGCGCCGAGGAGGUGACGAAGCUCACUAAUGCCUUCCAGGACCCGGAGUUCCGGCGGCUUUUCGGCGAGUAUGCGGCGGAGUUAUCAGACCCAGAGAACCGGCAGCGCUACGAGGAGGAGAUCACGAUGCUGGAGCGGGAGCGCGGCGUAGAGGUGCAGUUUGUUCACCCAGAGCCGGGCCACGUGCUGCGCACUAGCCUCAACGGGGCCCAGCGCUGCUUCGUCAACAUCUGCAGCAACUUGCUGCUAGGCCGGCCCAGCAGCAAGCCAGGCACUGGGGGCCCGCAGGGUUCCUCGCCCGGGCAGAUUUGGUCCCUGCCCUAUAGCCUGGCCCCGGGCCGCGAGUACCUGGGCCGCCAGGGCGCCCACUACAAGGUCUACGACGUCAUCUUCCACCCGGACACUCUGUCCCUGGGCAAGCAGCAGGAGCGGUUCCGGAUCAUGAUCAAUUCUACGGCCCUAGAGGCGGUGGAGAAGCAGUUCGGCGUGAAGUUGGAUCGGCGCAACGCCAAAACCUUGAAGAUCAAAUAUAAAGGUACCCCAGAGGCUGCGGUACUGCGGAAACCACUUCCCGGGGGCCCCAGCCCAGCGCCCGAGGGGGAAGAGUCAGGGGACAGUCCACUGCCCGCCUUCCCCUAUCCCUACCCCAGUCCGGAGGUGGAGAAGAGGCCUCCCGCCCCUCAGCCGCAGGGUUCCACGCCUCCUCUCCGGGAAGAAUCUUCAGACCCGGCCCCCACCACGCCGCGUUACAGCGUAGUGCAACGGCACCACGUGGACCUCCAGGAUUACCGGUGCUCCCGGGACUCCUACCCGAGCACAGUACCCCGAGAGUUAGUGGUCACCAUUGAGCUGCCUCUGCUGCGCUCCGCCGAGCAUGCAGUCUUGGAAGUGACGGAGAAGCAGCUGUUGCUUGACUCCCGCAAACCUGAUUACAGCCUCCGCCUUCCGCUACCUUACCCGGUAGACGAGAGCCGAGGGAAUGCACAGUUCAACAAGGCCAAACGGCGGCUGAUCGUUACUUUGCCUGUGGUGCCACCGAAGCACAGCAUAAGCCACCUGGACUCGCCGGAGGAGGGGGAGCCGGAGAAAGAAAAAGAGGAGGAAAAGGAGGCUGAAGAAAAGGAGGAGGAGGAGAAAAAGGAGACCGAGAAAGUAGAGGAGAAAAAGGGGGAGGAGGAGGAAAAAAAAGAGGCGGAGGAAAAAGAGGAGGUCUCUAUCUCGGAAAACGGACUUCCGAAACAGGAAGGGGCGGAGGAUUUGGUAGAACCUUUAGCAUCAAAAGGCAUCCCCGAAACUGAAGGUUCCCUGUGUGUUUACACUUCUGAGAAGUUAGGAAGCCAAUCUAAUGAACUCUUAAGGGAUACGAGGAUAUUUAAGGAUUUGAGCCAAGAGAUCCCUUCAGAAACCCCCAUUUCUUUCCAGUCUCGGCUUGAGAAUUCCUGGGCUUUGGCUAGUGAAGAAAUAAGAGGCUCUCAGGAGGGAACCAUGCAGAACCCAACUACUGAGAUGGUAGCCACUCCAUCAGAUAUUUCCGGGCAGUCACUUGUUAUUAAAGCAAAUCUACCUCUCUGUCCUGUUGGACAGGAACUUCCUUCAGGAACCAUGGCCUUACCUGCGGGCGGAAUUGAAGUACCACUCUCUAGGCCACUGAGCUUAACAGAGAAUGCUGAUACACCAGGUACUUCAGGGCAGCCACUUACUAGUAAAGCAAAUCUACAAAAUGGCACUGGAGGAGAGGAACCUGCCUUGCUUGGGGGCAUUUAUAAGGUGCCACCCUCUGGGACACUAAACUUUCCCGGGAAUACAGGCUCACCAGAAGAACCCAAAGAGAAAACAACUAUUGGAAAAGAAAGCCUUCCAGAGACUACUAGUAAAGUUCAACCUAGAGAAACACUUGUCAUUUCAGAGAGUAAUGGAGGGAACCCCUUGUGCCCUCCUCUACAGUGUAAUGAAAAUGAAGAAUCUCUUACUCUGAUAAUUCAAGUGCCUCAAGUCCAGCCACAAAGCCUUCAGAGCGAUUUGAGUCCCCAUCAAUACAAACUUUGUUUCUCCACACAAGAUUUUGUUUCUUAUUCGUUCAUUUUGCAGUUUGCUCCUGAAAAUAAGUUGAGCAUCAAAGAACCGAAAAUUAAUAUUUCUUCAUUUAAUGCAGUGAUAGAAUUGACCAAAUCUCCAGAGAGCCUUGGGCACUGGAAAAAGUGGUAUUUUGGUUUGGGCAAGGACUGUUUGCAGGAAAGUUUUUUUGUCAGUGAAGAAAAUGUUGAUGAAUUUCUUCAAGGUGUCUUGAAUUUCAAAAAGUCAACUCCUAAAACCCAACCAUUAAUUGAAGUACUUGAAGUUAGUGGUGAGAAGACCCAGAUUCAGUUAAAGUCACAAGAAGACAGUCAAAACCAGCUUAAUGAAAAGGAACAAAGAAUUGAUAUAAGAAGCCAUCUGGCUGAAAAAGAAAAUAUGCUUCAAACAAAUACAAAAAAUAGUAACAAUAUAGUGGAUGUUGAAAAAGGACAUGCAAAAGGAAAUGCCAAACCUUCUGAUUCUUAUACAGCAGAUAAAGCACUAGAAAAGAGCAGUUGUGGAACAGGCCUUUGCUUGCCACAUGAACUUUCUGGUGUUUCUACAGAGGUUAUUGGAAAAUGUCAACAAUCUGACUCAGCAUCCAAACCUGUUUUCACAGAAGAAAAAAUUGCCGUUUAUUCAAAUAAUGAAAAACAAAAUUUAAGACCAUCAUUGAUGGAAGAGAAAAAACUGGAUGAAGAUCACAUACUUCAAAGUAUCAAAGAAACCAAUAUGAAGGAUGGAAGUGUACAUAUUAUUAAAGAACAUACGACUAAUUGUGCAUUUACUUUUCAAAAUACUUUGUUAUAUGAUUUGGAUUAAUUUGGGGAUUUUAA